AUGCAACGACCAACAUAUGAUGGGCAGGUGCUGGACUUCCAAAAAAGAGGAGAGGGCUCCUUGCUGAAGCCUGUAUCUUGCAAACAUUAUUGGGUGCUUGUUGGCUUUUAUACCACAAAGUUGGUUGAGGAUGCAUGUGAUUCAUCAGAAGUGGUUGUAAAGUUUUUCUCUUCACUGACUAGUACAGAAGAGGGCUUGAUUCUUACAGAACAUCGUGUGCUUGUAGCGAGCGCACACUUUACUUGGAUUUACAAUCUUAACGCUUCACCUUACAAGAUAAUUCAAAGAAAAUAG